AAUACUUUUUCUUAGAAUGGUACCCUUUACUAGGGUGAGGAAUGGACUUGACAUUGGCACCACUAAUUUCGGCGCCAAUUCCAAAUUUCUGCAAAAUCUCUUCUUCUUCAACGCUAUUCUGCAAAAUUGCUCCUUUCUUCUUCCAUCCAGUGAAUUGUUCUCCUCCUAGAGGUUUUUCUUGUGUCAGAAAGAGUUCCAUGGCUUGGUGUGAAGGUCUCGAUGAAGCUCGUGUUCUUAUUGCAAAAGAGCCUUCUAAGGAUGGGAACAAGGUAGAGCAGCUUUUAUCACUCCGACAUCCCAAGUCUGGAAAUGCAACAUGUUACCUUUGUGUUGAUGAAUCUCUUCAAGAACUUCACUGGUUCAAGCAAUCUUAUGGGUCUUGGUUCCUUGGGGAUUAUGUAUGUGAAGAUGGUCGUUUGUAUACUGCAACUCCAGUUGAUCCAGUUUUUGUUCUGUUGCCUAUUUUUGAUGAAGCAAGAAUGAAGAAAAAUGAUGAUCCAGGAAAGUUUAGGCAAGUGGAUGAAAUCAUUUACGUUGUAGGCUAUCCUGGAUAUCAGCAUCUUUCUUCCAUUGCUGAGAGCUGCAUGCAAGUGGUUUGUGAUGUCAAAGAUGUAGGAAUGACAAAGUUUUUCAGGCUUAAUGAUGAGAAGGUGCUAAAGUGGUUAUGCUUGAAGGUAAUACAAUUGAAGAAGACAUUGUUGACACUGGAUAAGAACUAUGCUGCUCGAGAUAAGAAAGAAAUAUUAACUGAUGCAGUAUCUAUAGUUGGAGAGUACUUGAAGGAAGAGCCUUGGUUGAAGCUCCUCUGCAGCAAAUUAAGCAUAGACUUGCAAGAGGACACAAAAGCAUCAAAUUUUGAAAUGCAUUCAUCACCAAUGGAUAAUAGUUUCGAGUCCUUCAAUCACGAACAGCAGGAGGGAAAGAGUGAAGGUCAGGAGAAGACUACCAGGAACAAAAGACAGACUAAAAAGAUCAAAGUGGAAACUAACUCUCUUAAUAUCAAAGACAUGUUUAGUCGGGCUACUAGGCGGGGAAAAUGAAGAGUACAAAGCAGCAGAGAUAAGAGGCUUCUCGGAGCAAGGUAUUACGAUUUGAAUGAAUCAGAUGGCUUAGUCUCUUAGAUCUGGUGUCGUUGCUGCUGCUGUAAACAGACGGUAUCUCUAUCCUCUUUACUGUUAAUUUCUUAGUGUCCCUGCAAAACCAGCUGUAAAUGCCAAGUGUAUGAGUUUUGAAAUGGAGACAAUUUAUUGCUCUUAUUUCAUUUUACUAGUGUUAGUGUUAGAAAAUCCGCAAUGCGCGGAUGACCCAACUGCAAAAUUUCAUUAUGAUUAAUACAUAGAUUGGGCUACUGGUGAACACAA